AUGGGAGAAAACUACUUACGUAGGAUGAGUAGGAUCAAAGAUUCUAUGAGAAAACCUUGUGCUAAAGAUGACAACGUGAACCUGUGGAAGAAAGCUCUUACAGAGGUUGCGGAUUUAACCGGCAUGGUUUUGUGUGGGUCUGAAGCAAAGUUUCUGAAGGAAAUUGUUGACAUCAUAUACAAUAAAUUGGAUCGAAAAGAAGUUAAUCUUCCACCCAAUAUAACAGUUCGACAAGAAUCAAAAUUCCCUGCAAAACGUAGUAGAGUCUGGCUUAGUAGCGACUCUUAUAAGAUAUUGAUUAACGGAGAGGGUUCAGAAACUAUGGAAGGUUUAGCACUUGACAUGCGAAUGCUAGAGGAACAGAAGUUUGCUUUCAAGUCAUCAAACCUCAAGACAGAUGCACUUCAAAAGAUGGAUAAUCUAAAAUUUCUCCAACUAAACGUUGUGCCACUCACUGAUAUGAGCUAUAGCAACUUGGAAGUAUUUGAACCACCCAUGGUUCUUCAGUCACUCCAGAUUCUGAAUCUUACAGGAUCACACAAUCUGAUUCAAAUCCGCAACAUGUCCAUGAUCCCUCAUCUGGAGACUUUUAUUCUUUGGAACUGUCAGAAUCUGGUUAGUGUUUGUGAAAGCAUUGGAGACCUGAAAAGUCUUGUACUACUGAACAUGACAGGGUGUAAAAACCUGUGCAUGAGUGAGAAAACAGAUCAGUUAGUAGGUCUAGAAGCUUCUACCUCUGGUGGAGAAGUUGCAGAACAUCCUAAGUUUUUCUUCCCACGUUCAUUACACCGGUUAUUCCUCAAGGACUGCAAUCUUGACUGUACUGAUUCUUUUCCUCUGAGUUUUAGUCAUCAACCAUCUUUGCAGUACUUGAAUUUAGGCAAUAGUCUAUUUGAGUUUCUGCCUUGUUAUGAUCAUCUUAAAAAUCUUCGGGUCCUUGACUUGAGUUUAUGCUCAAGGCUUAAACGGCUUCUAUGUCUCCCAAGUACACUUGCAGAAUUGUAUAUUUACUAUUGUAAAUCACUGGAGGAAAUAAGUUUCCAAUCACAUCGAUUCACAUUGCAAGAGUUUGGCUAUGAAGGCUGUAUUAGUUUAUGUGAAAUUGAAGGCUUUAUCAAAUUGGUGCCUGUAGCCAAACUUGAAGAAAAUGAUUUGGGACAUAUGAAGUGGCUAAAAGAAUAUCAAAAUCAUGAGGUGAACCUAGUUGGUGAUGAUGGGCUCACCAAAGGCAGAAGUUCGUGUGUCCAGAUGUUGUAUGAAUUCAAUAUAAUGAGCACAUCUCUACCAGACAUGAGGUAUCCAAACUUGAAGUAUCCAAACAUGAGGCCUACAUAUGUAUCUGAGUUAUCAUCUUUCUCCUUUGACGUGCCUCCCCCUCCCAAUAAUAGAAGGCUCAAAGGACUUGAUGUAACUUUCAAAUAUACAAUAUCAAGUGAUGAUGAUUGGGUUUGGUUCUGUAAGAUCAGUACAACCAAUGGUGUUGAUUUGAUGUACAACCCCAAAGUCUUUGGCAAACCUGAAUCUGGUGAAGUUGGUAUAUGGUUAAGCUAUUGGCCAAUUGGAAAUACAUUGGACACUGGAGAUAAUGUCAACGUCUCUAUCGUUGUGAUCAGUGGACUGGAGGUACAUAAAUGUGGUGUGAGCCUUAUUUAUACUGAUGAUAAAGUAGCCGAGGAAACCUUGGAAGAGAACAUGGAAUGGAUAGAAGUUCUUGGAGGAGAUUUGUCUAGAUUUCAACUAAGCACACGGGCUUACUAUCUUUGUCGACGUGAUUUCUUUGAGUUAGUGGAGGUUGGUAGACUGACUCCUGGUUGGUUUAAUACCUUAGUUGGUGAUACCAUAGAAUGUACAGAGGUACGAGGAUGGAGAAAGACAGGUCGACCUAUGCAGUUGAAUCCAUCAUUUUCUGAGUUAAAGUUUGUUAGAUGCAUCAUCCAUGGUCCUGAAUCGGAGGACAUUUACAAGAUUGCAGAGAUGUCAAAAUCAUCUUCUGUAGAUAAAACAUUGGAGUUCACAUCAAGCCUGCUUGGGGAGACGAUGAAAUCUUCCACAUCGUUUAAAUUUAGUGAAACAACAAUAAAGGAAUUAAAUGAGAUUCAGGAGUCUACUUCAAGCACACCUCGUAAGAAGUUGAAAUCACUGACUACAGAUGGUGGUACUGGUGGAAUGGAGGUGCAUGAUGAGUUGCAUCGUCAAGUUCAACAGAUGCAUGAUGAGUUGCAUCGUCAAUUUCAACAGAUCUUUGGUGCAUUACCAAGAUCUCCUUCUGAUGCGCAUAGUACAACAUCCCUGCAGCUUCGUUUCCAGACUAAGCUGCUUCCUACAUUUUUCACUGGAAAUAGGAUAGAAUCUGAGGACAAGAGUGGUAUAAAAGUAGGGUUAUUUGAUGCUAUUUCUAAUGAGAUUGUGUCAUCUGGACCCUUAUCUUCACAGAAGAUAGAGCUUGUUGCUCUUGAUGGUGAUUUUACUUUUGAUGAUGAGGAAGAUUGGUGGCCUGAGAGUGAUUUUGAUGCCAACAUUAUACAUGCAAGAGAUGGAAAAAGGCCAUUGUUGACAGGGGAUCUGGUGUUGACUCUGAAAGAUGGAGUUGCUGAUUUAGGUAAUAAUCAGAGAAGCAAGAAGCCAAGCGUUUUUUGUAAAAGAAAACCGAUGAGUGUUAUAUACCAAGAACUAUCCUCCAGGAUUGGGUGA